AUGCUCACCGACGGAGGAGACGCCAAACUCGAAUACAUUGACAAGGGUGAUUGAGCGGAAUUCCGUCUUCCGUCUUCCGUGGAUUUUUUGUUCCGUCUUCCGGAUUUCAAAAUUCCAUUUCCGCUCAACUCUGGUAGUAUGGACCAGAACUGGAACGAUAUGUCGGUCGAGAUGAAAAUGGAAAUCAUCAAGAAAGUGGACAUUAUCACCAGACUGUCCGUCUCCGUCGAUAUUCCCGCCGACCAUAUUCUUUCCGUAUCUGUAUGUCUUUACACUGUCAGCUUUUUUCAGAGCAUACAAUUUUAAACAUGUUCGUCCGUAUUUGAAUAAAUGUUAGAAAUGUUGAGAAAAUGAAUUGUUUCCGUCUGUUUUCAGGCGCUUUUUGAUUGGGUUCGCAUAGAGUUGCACCGAAAGUGCGCAAGCGCACGGAGAAUGCGACGCGGACCUUGAUCCGUGUGGCCCGCCUUUUUUCCUUGAUCAGUGUGGCCCGCCUUUUUUUCUCCUCCUCCUCCUGCUCGUCCCGUCCUCCUCCGUCGACUCCUCAUUCCUUUCGUCUCCUCGGGGCAGCAUCGGUUGCCCCCCUGAUUUCCUUCUGAUUCCACCCGGAAUCUCACCCCGUUUUCCCCCUAUUUUCUCUACUUUUUUCUCCAAACUAUUACUCUCAAUACUGCAUUUUUCGAAGAACUGUUCGGUCAUCACGGACUCAAAGGUUGGUUACUAUUCGAGGAUAGAUUGACAAAAAAUGGGAAAUAGUUUAGAAAAAGAAGCGGCUCAGAACCCUGACAAAUCCGACGACAAACUGAUUCCGAUCGAGAAUCAUCACGAAAUUGCUCAAUUUUUCGACGAUCCAGGAUUUGAGCCUAAACAUUUGGCUCUUUGGGGAGAAAACCAUGUUUUUGUUUCGAGGAAACCGAUGAAAGACGCUAUCAAAACGUCUUCAUAUACAAACAUUGCAUACGGAUCUCUUACAACGUCUGCUGCACGGAUACGCCUCUACAAAGCCAUGAAAGCGAUUGGACCGGAAAAUCUUAUAUACUGUGACACGGACAGUGUGAUUUUCAAACAAAAACGAGGACGUAAUGUUUUGGGCGACUUGAUAGGAUCAGGACUCGCAAUGCUGACCAACGAAACACCUGCCGGUAAAGAAAUCAAGGAAAUUUUGUGUGUGGCUCCUAAAGUGUACGCUUUGCGGAUGGAAGAUUUAAGUGGUGCCUCUUCCUAUGUCGUCAAGGCAAAAGGAAUCACUAUGAACUCGGAGACGGCGAAACGUAUCAGUUUUGAGACGAUGAAGAAAUUAGUAAGAAUGCACAUUUUUUAAAGAUUUCAUGACUUUAUUACAGAUGGGAAACUGGCUUAAUUACAAAAUUAGCGGAAAUUUGAUGGCGAAGCAGAUACGAUUUAUCAAGUCUAGAAUCCCACUAACGGGAAUCGAAACCCGUUUGCAGGAGAAGGUGAUGAAACCUAACAUGGACAAGGGACAAAAUCAGGAAGGCAUACUGCUUCCCUACGGCCAUCGUGACGACGAAGAUAUUGAGGAAGAUUAUCCUUUGAAAAACUUAUAA